UGACAAAAUGGAACCCACCAGCAGUGUGAGGAGACCUGAAAGUGGCACAUGGCAGAGUGUGGCGAUGGAGACAGCAGCAAUGGGAGGCCGUACAGGGACCCAUGACACACUCUGGACCUGGCAGCAGCAUGAGGAGGCGGUACAGGGGCCCAUGACAGAUUAGGGGCCUGGCAGCAGCAUGAGGAGUCUGUACGGGGGCCAGCAGGCCUAUCACAAAAUGGAACCAGCAGCAGUGUAGGAGACCUGAGAAGUGGCACAUGGCGCAGGGUGGCGGUGGAGGCAGCAGUAUUCGGAAGCCAUACACAGGCCUAGGUUAAAAAGCGGAAGCCGUCAGCAGCGUGA